GGUGGCACAAAACAAACCUAUUUCCCGAUUAGAGAUAGGGUUCGUCUCUGCUUUUUAUUAGGUCUUCCCUCUACUUUUAAACCAUAAUCAUCGUCUUUCAGCCCCCUUCGCUUCACUCCUCUCCGGCGAACCACCGUCCACCACCGUAAUCUUCCAUAGAGACCGACCGACCGACCUUACUUUAUCUCUGCCAUCGCACGGUACGUGUGCCUAAAUGCGUGUCAUACAAAGAAAGAAUCUAAAAACACCGCAACGCACAGAGACAUACAUCAUCGCCGUUACCGGAAAACCAGAUAAGCAUCGUGUUGCAUGAACAUACACGGUGUUUAAUUGAUUAAUUGGUGUAUAAACACAUAUACAAGUAGAGACAGCUAGGGUUUUGAAAUUUGUAACAAAAAGACGGAGGCGAGUUGAUAAGGUUUAAUAAAUUAGUCGGUUUAGAUACACAAGAAGAGAUAGUAGAGAGUCUGUUUGCGAGGUUUUGAAAAGAAUGGAGGAAGCUAUACUUGACGAGAUUAUCAGGAAGCUUUUGGAUGCGAAGGGUGGUCGGGUGCCGAAGCAGGUGCAGAUCACGGAGGCGGAGAUUCGGCAGCUUUGUGCUGCUUCGAAGGAGGUGUUUCUUAGCCAGCCUAAUUUGCUCGAACUUGAAGCUCCUAUCAAGAUUUGUGGUGAUAUCCAUGGACAAUAUUCUGACCUACUACGGUUGUUUGAGUACGGUGGGUAUCCUCCAGCUUCAAAUUACUUAUUUUUAGGAGACUAUGUUGAUCGUGGUAAGCAGAGCAUAGAAACAAUAUGCCUUCUGCUUGCAUACAAGAUAAAAUACAAGGAAAACUUCUUUCUUCUCAGGGGCAACCAUGAAUGUGCUUCCAUCAAUCGAAUAUAUGGGUUCUAUGAUGAAUGCAAGAGAAGGUUCAAUGUCCGUAUUUGGAAGACAUUUACUGACUGCUUCAACUGCCUGCCUGUUUCCGCUCUUAUCGAUGAAAAGAUUCUUUGCAUGCACGGAGGAUUGUCUCCUGAUUUGAAAAACAUGGACCAGAUCCGGAAUAUAGCCCGUCCUGUUGAUGUGCCAGAUCAGGGGCUUAUCUGCGAUUUGCUAUGGGCUGAUCCUGAUAGAGAUAUGGAAGGUUGGGGAGAGAAUGAUAGGGGUGUAUCAUAUACAUUUGGGGCUGACAAGGUUGCAGAAUUUCUCGAGAAGCAUGAUCUUGAUCUUAUCUGCCGAGCUCAUCAGGUUGUGGAAGAUGGGUAUGAGUUUUUUGCAAACCGGCAGCUCGUAACCAUAUUUUCUGCCCCAAAUUACUGUGGUGAGUUUGAUAAUGCUGGUGCAAUGAUGAGCGUGGAUGAUACGUUGACCUGUUCCUUUCAAAUUCUCAAGGCGUCGGAAAAGAAAGGGAAGUUUGACUUUGGCAACAAUAUCUUGAGACCAGGAACUCCACCACACAAGGGUGGAAAGAGAUGAAGUUGUGAUUGAAGAUGAUAUGGUUGGUAUCUUUUGAUGUGUUUCCUAAAUUCAGCAGUAUUGUUCAAGCAGGAAAGGUACAAUUGCUAAAGCUUCAAUUACCUGCUAUUAUAUCUGCAUCUUUUUCUUAAUGUAAAACAACUUACAUGUUGCAUCUAAUUCUACUUCAACUUUGCUUCU